AGUUCUUCCUCUUCCUCUUCCUCUUUUCUCCUCUUCUUCUUUCUUCUCUCCUUCCUUCCUUCCCAUCCCCCAUCCUCUCGAGAAAAAAAUCCCAGUCUUCUUUCUCAAGACCAACCCACCCCAUCACAAUGGCCUCUUCCCGUGUCUUCGCCAGCCGUCUGGCUUCCACCAUGGCUGCCACCUCCAAGGUCGCCCGCCCUGCCGCUCGCGUUCAGCUCAACGCUGUCGCCCCCAAGCGCACCUUCACCACCCAGAAGAAGAUCAACAUGACCCCCUUCCAGACCGUCAAGCGUCAGUCUCCUUCCGGCCUCAUCCAGGCCAACGCUCGCCAGGCUUUCGCCGCCCAGGGCCGCCGUCAGUACUCCUCUGAGAUCGCCGACGCCAUGGUCCAGGUCUCCCAGAACCUGGGUAUGGGUUCCGCUGCCAUCGGUCUCGGUGGUGCCGGUAUCGGUAUCGGUCUCGUCUUCGGCUCCCUCCUCCUCGCCGUCUCCCGCAACCCUGCCCUCCGUGGUCAGCUCUUCUCCUACGCCAUUCUUGGUUUCGCCUUCGUCGAGGCCAUUGGUCUGUUCGACCUGAUGGUUGCCAUGAUGUGCAAGUACGUCUAAAUUUAACGCAACCACUUUUCUCCCACGACAAUCGAGCCGCAUAUCAUAUCUCCUAGCGAAGCGUUUGCGGUGUCCGGCAAAUCUUGGAAGGGAUCGAAUUUUUUUGUGAGAUGAAAUACGGGAAGGGAACAAGAUGGGAUGAUGACGAAACCAAUUUCACAAAAAGACUCUCACAAAAUCUACGAAGCUUUUUCUGGAUCACUUGUACAACAAUUCCACAAAUGAAACAAUCGGUUUAAUGAGCGUGCUCGUCCGGUAAACCGG